CCCUAACUCUGUUUUCGCGCAGGUCUAUUCCUCUCUUGUCUUCAUCAAUCCCAUGGAAUCUUCUGGUGAAGAGGCAGCGGGAAAACUAGCUUCGUUUGGUCUGUCAUACAUUUGAUUCAAUCAAGCGUGGGUAUGUGUUGAACCUUGUCCCUGCUGUUAUGUCUCUUCCCUUUGGUGCCAACAUCGAUAUAAGAGACACCGUCAGGUACAAGGAAGUUAUGAAGCAGUAUAACUUGGGACCUAAUGGUGGAAUAAUGACGUCACUCAACUUGUUUGCUACUAAGCUUAAAAAUGACUUUCAUCACUCAUGUUUGUGGUUCUCUCGUCUUUUUUAAUUGUUCGUGUUCGUUUUAGGUUGUCUCUGUGAUUGAGAAACGUGCAGACCAGCUUGAUUAUGUCCUAGUGGAUACUCCUGGUCAGAUUGAAAUCUUUACAUGGUCUGCUUCUGGUGCUAUAAUCACCGAAGCUUUUGCUUCAACCUUCCCAACUGUCGUCACCUAUGUGGUUGAUUACUCGACGUUCUACAAGCCCAAUUACUUUUAGGAGUAACAUGCUCUACGCUUGUAGUAUUCUCUACAAGACCCGGUUGCCUCUUGUCUUGGCUUUCAACAAAACCGAUGUGGCAGACCACAAGUUUGCUUUAGAGUGGAUGGAAGAUUUCGAAGUAUUUCAAGCAGCAAUACAGUCUGAUAACUCGUACACGUCGACCUUAGCUAACAGUCUCUCCCUUUCACUCGCUGAUCUUGACAAGAGAAAGGUGGAGAAGGAGCAGUUGGAAGAAGAGAGAAGGGAAAAGGAAAUGGAGAAACUAAGAAAGGAUAUUGAGAGUUCUCAGGGAAGGACUGUGGUUCUAAACACUGGUUUGAAAGAUAGAGAUGGAGCCGAGAAGAUGAUGCUAGAGAAGGAUGAUGAUGAGGACUUUCAAAUAGAAGAAGACAGUGAUGGUGCCAUAGAUGAGGAUGAUGAAGACGAAGAGAUGAAUCGUUUCUACAUAUAGAUUUAAGACUCAAAAAACCAAAAUCUUUCAGCAUGAUCAAGUUUGCUUUAACUGGUUUUGUUUGAGCCACAGUUGUGUAGUUAAACAAGGAACUGGAUCUCUUUGUGAAGAUAUUGCCUAAUGAUCUAAUGAAUGACUACUAUAAACUUGAAUUUUUA